AUCAACCUUGAGAUAAAACUUCUUCCGUGAGAAAUGUGGUCAGUCUGCAAACGGGCCAAACUAUUUAGUCGCCGAGUCAGCAAUAAAAGAGAAAAAUACCUAAAAGAUAUCCGCGUCUCAUCUCUCUCGUCUCCCAAGUCCUGUAUCGCUUCUCUCCCCGUCAGAACUUUUCGCUAGAGUUUCGAUUCAUCUGAUCAGGGGUAUCGGUAAAUCAUUUGCAUAAAGUCAGUCGUCGAUUUCCAUGGCGGACGAGGAUCCUAUUAACCCCAAGGAGUAUCUGGAAGAAUCAUGCAAGCCAAAGUGUGUAAAAGCUUUACUUGAGUAUAAGAAUUGUACUAAAAGGAUUGAAGGCGAUGAUACUAAGCAUUGUACAGGACAGUACUUCGAUUACUGGUCCUGUGUUGACAAAUGUGUUGCGCCAAAGCUCUUUUCAAAACUGAAAUAGUUAGGACUCUGAAGGAUAUUUUGUGGGUUUACUAUAUUUACCAACCAAAUAAAAAUUGCUUGAGAACACUAUAAUUGGUGUCACUAUGUGUACCCCAAACUAUCUGUUCUUUUUUUGGCUGUAUUUCUUUUCAAAUACAAUCUUUGAGACAAAUAAAACUGAAUGGUGGGAGUCUAAGCUAGGUAUUCUUGUAGUGCGACUUUUAUGACAUCUCUCCCCAUUUUAACGAGGUUUUGAUAUACAAAUCAUCUUAAGCUGUUUGUGUGCACUUUUUCUAAAA